UUUGCCCCAUCCCAUCCCAGCCUCCUCAGCCUAUUGUUGUUCCAAAACCAGUUCAAUCUGUCAUACAUGUCCCAUUGCAACCAAGCUGCCCAGGCCGAGGCAAGAUGGCAAAGCUCAUCAAUCCAGAAGAGAUGACAUCCAGGGAUUAUUACUUUGAUUCUUAUGCUCACUUUGGAAUUCAUGAGGAAAUGUUAAAAGAUGAAGUGCGCACAUUAACCUAUAGAAACUCAAUGUAUCACAAUAAACAUGUUUUUAAAGAUAAGAUUGUCCUCGAUGUUGGAAGUGGCACGGGAAUCCUCUCUAUGUUUGCUGCAAAGGCAGGCGCCAAGAAGGUAUACGGGAUUGAAUGCUCAAGUAUAUCUGACUACUCAGAAAAAAUUAUCAAGGCCAACCACUUGGACAACAUAAUCACAAUAUUUAAAGGUAAAGUGGAAGAAGUUGAACUACCUGUGGAUAAAGUAGACAUCAUCAUCAGCGAGUGGAUGGGUUACUGUCUGUUCUAUGAAUCAAUGUUAAACACAGUCAUCUUCGCACGAGACAAGUGGCUGAAACCUGGAGGGCUAAUGUUUCCAGACCGAGCUGCUUUGUACGUGGUAGCAAUUGAAGACAGACAGUACAAGGACUUCAAAAUUCACUGGUGGGAGAAUGUGUACGGCUUUGACAUGACCUGUAUUAGGGAUGUUGCCAUGAAGGAGCCUUUGGUGGACAUAGUAGAUCCAAAGCAAGUGGUGACCAAUGCCUGUUUAAUAAAGGAAGUAGAUAUUUACACAGUGAAGACUGAAGAAUUGGAAUUUACUUCUGCAUUCUGCCUCCAAAUUCAGCGUAAUGAUUACAUUCAUGCCUUGGUCACCUAUUUUAAUAUCGAGUUUACGAAGUGCCACAAGAAGAUGGGAUUUUCUACAGCACCUGAUGCACCCUAUACUCACUGGAAGCAAACUGUCUUCUACUUAGAGGACUAUUUAACUGUGAGACGAGGAGAAGAAAUCUAUGGGACUAUAUCCAUGAAACCAAAUGCAAAAAAUGUG